AUGCUCCUAGGUAGAACUUUGACUGAAGUAGCGCCAACUCCUCCACUUUUUACUGUCAUGACAUGGAAUACACUUUCAGAUCAAUUAUCUGGAUUUUUUCCUUCUGUCCCUGAUCAAUUCUUAAGCUGAGGUUACAGAGCUCCUCAGAUAAUGCAUGACCUUGAAGAAUCAAAAGCUGACAUAUAUUGCCUCACUCCCGCCCUUUAGAGUGAGUAAAAUUAUUGGGAAAAUCCCUAAUAUUCGGAAAUUAGCCACCCUUUAAAUUUUUUUUUUUUCGAUCUUAAGGGGAAAAAAGUCAGUGAAAUCGAUCACUACGAUGAUUUUAUUGUCCCAUGGAUCAAUAAGAUAGGAUUUGAAGGAAUUUUCAAAAAGAAAAGAGGAUGGCACCGCGAUGGGCUUUGCAUUCUUUUUAACAGAAGGAAAUUCACAUUGAUAUCUCAAGAAUCCUGAUACUUUCCAAACUCAAACCAGUUUGCCCUGGUAAUUAAAUUGGCUUUUGGAGCUAUCGAAUUUUUGAUUGUAGGAACUCAUUUGAAAUCAAGAUCAAAAUAUGAAGAAGACAGGGCAAAUCAGGUUCGCUAUCUCUUAACUCUCAUCCCCUUAAUUUUGAAACCUGUUUUGAAUUUAAACAUAUAGCUAAUUUUCAGUUUUUUAUCAAACUAUUUACAUAAUAAUUUUGUCCAAUUUCUUUAUGAAUUGCCAAAAAAUGAACUUUUUAGAUGCUUACUCUAAUUUUAACGGGAAGAGUAAGCAAGCUUGAAAAAUGUGCAGGAAGACUACCAAUAAUUCUGUGUGGAGACUUCAACAGUAUUCCAGGAAGUAAAACUUACAAUAUUUUAAAUAGUCACACAAAACUGAAGUUUCAAAGUGCAUAUAUGAUAUUUGGAUCAGAGCCUAACUUCACAACUUAUAAAAUUAGAGAAAGAGUUGAGAAAAAAACAGUUGAUUAUAUAUGAAUUAGAGGUUUUUCUAUAUCAAGAGUAUUAAAUAUACCAUCAUUUGAAAGCAUUGGACCUACAGGAUUACCUUCUCAAGAAUAUCCUAGUGAUCAUCUCUCACUACUCUGUCAGUUGACGAUCAAGCCCAAUGAAUCUCUUUAG